GGUACACACUGUUAGUCUGGUCUUUUUCUAUCUUUCUGCUAUCUUCUGAUUUCUGAAACUUAUUUGUUACUACUUUUAUUUCCUGUGCUGUAUUCUCAAUUUGGAACUCUUUCUCUCUUACUCCCCAUGAUGCAAUUCACUGAAAGCCCAUCACAACCCUCGCACCAAAUCACUUCAUUUUCAAUUCCCACAAUGAACAAAAAUCAAAUUCACCGGGCUCGUCCAUGGCUUGGAUUCCCUACCUCAAAGGGUUUAGGUAGCUUUGGUGAUGCCAAUUGCAUGGAACAACUUUUAGUCCACUGUGCAAACGCAAUAGAAAGCAAUGAUGCCACUCUAACGCAGCAAAUUCUUUGGGUUCUAAACAACAUUGCACCACCAGAUGGUGACUCUAAUCAGCGCUUAACGGGUGCUUUUCUUCGAGCUCUUAUUGUCCGAGCAGCCAAAAGCGGCACUUGCAAAAUGCUUGCAGCAAUGGCAAAUGCUCGUUGCAACCUUUCUAUAGACUUCCACACUUUCUCUGUCAUCGAGCUGGCUAGCUUUGUGGACUUAACCCCGUGGCAUCGGUUCGGUUUCACCGCAGCAAAUGCAGCAAUACUAGAAGCUGUUGAAGGGUAUUCGGUCGUUCACAUUGUUGAUUUAAGCUUGACACAUUGCAUGCAAAUUCCUACAUUAAUUGAUGCCAUCGCUAAUAGGCUCGAGGGACCUCCACUGGUGAAACUUACAGUUGCUGGUGGUGUCACUGAAGAUAUCCCCCCAUUGCUUGAUCUUACUUAUGAAGAGUUAGGCUCCAAGUUGGUUAACUUCGCUAGGUCGCGCAAUAUAAUGUUGGAAUUCAGGGUGGUUCCUUCAAGUUAUGCUGAUGGAUUCACCUCUUUGAUCGAACAGCUUCGUGUUCAACAUUUAGUAUAUGCGGAAAGUGGUGAGGCUCUAGUUAUAAACUGUCACAUGAUGCUUCACUAUAUACCAGAAGAAACUUUGUCUCCUCUUCCUAAUCCAAAUUCAAACCCUUACUCUUUCGAACCAUCUUCUAUUCAAUCUCUUCGAACCAUGUUUCUUAAGGCUCUUCGUGGACUAGACCCAACAGUUGUUGUUCUAGUAGAUGAGGAUGCGGAUUUGACAUCAAAUAAUUUGGUAUGUAGAUUAAGGUCUGCUUUCAAUUACCUAUGGAUACCAUACGAUACCGUGGAUACAUUUCUUCCUCAAGGAAGCAAGCAAAGGCAGUGGUACGAAGCAGAUAUUUGUUGGAAGAUAGAGAAUGUGAUAGCUCAUGAAGGUCUGCAGAGGGUCGAAAGGCUUGAACCAAAGAGCAGGUGGGUGCAGCGGAUGCGGAGCGCCAAUUUUAGGGGGAUUAGUUUUGGUGAAGAUGCAGUUUCAGAAGUGAAAACAAUGCUUGAUGAGCAUGCAGCUGGAUGGGGGUUAAAGAAAGAAGAAGACGAUCUUGUACUUACUUGGAAAGGACAUAAUGUUGUAUUUGCCACUGCUUGGAUGCCUGUUUGA